AUGGCGGCUGUAGGAACGUUCGUGGGGAGUGGCCAAUCAGGAUCGCAGGAGGAGUUGUGGGCCGACGCAUGUGUGCUAGAAUUUCCAUUCCCGGCGUGUCUAGAUCACGGCAAGGUGCGGGUCGUCGAGCAUAAACGUACCAAAAAGCUCUAUGCUCUCAAAUACAUCGACAAAGCCCGUUGUCUUCGACAGAAGGCCGUUGCCAACAUCAUUCAAGAACGAAGGCUCCUUGAGGAGAUUGAUCACCCAUUUGUUGUAAAUUUGCGCUAUGCCUUUCAAGACGACGAGAACUGUUUCUUUGUACUAGACUUAAUGUUGGGCGGUGACUUGCGUUUUCAUCUCGAGCGCAAGGGUUACAUUCAAGAAGAGGUGCGGAUAAUUCAUCGUGACCUGAAACCCGACAACAUUCUCCUGGAUGCAAUGGGUCACGCCCAUAUCACAGACUUCAACGUUGCUAUCCACUAUUCUGAACGACGCCUGCAUACCAGUGUGGCUGGCAGCAUGGCCUAUAUGGCCCCCCAAGUUGUCAACAAGAAGGGUUAUUCAUGGCAGAUCGAUUGGUGGAGCCUUGGGAUUACCGCCUACGAACUGCUCUUCCACAAGCGACCGUUUGAUGGACGCAAUUCGGAGAAAAUGACCCAGUCCAUUAUGAAAGACCCGUUACAAUUCCCAGAAGAUGCGACAACGCGGUGUAGCGACCAUGGCAUUAUGGCAUUGAAAGGAUUUAUUGAUCGCGAUCCAGCAACACGCUUGGGCUGCCGACCCAAUGGGCAGGGAAUUGAAGACAUCCGGCAUCACCCUUGGUUUUUGGGCAUUGACUGGGAUGCCCUGGAAGGCAAAGAAUCACAGCCUCCAUUUGUUCCCGACAUGAAACAGGCCAACUUUGAUGUAACACACGAACUGGACGAGUUUUUGAUGGUCGAGAAGCCUUUGACUCAUUCAAAACGGAAAGCCAAUCCCGACCUCGAUAAGAUGAAGCCUGAACUACGGCAACUUGAGGAGCAAUUCACCGUAUAUGACUUUAGCAGCAUGAACCGCAUGUCCUACUACCCACACAACCAGCCCAUUGUUGCUAUCGGUACAGAAUCUGACAACACAGACCGGACGCUGGCGCAAUCAACCACAGGCACCAUUGUCCCGACAGCAACAAUCGUGGAACGGUCUCAAGCUGGCUCUCCCAUAUUUGAGAGCUGUGAUCAUCAUCCGAUACCUUCAAUGCCAAAUGGGACACAUGGUUACGUCGCGUCAUGA